AUGGCGAGCUUCAAGGGCCUUGUCGGCGAGGGGAGCGCGGCGCUGCCGCACGUCCUCGCCGUGGACGACAGCUCGGUCGACCGCGCCGUCAUCUCCGGCAUCCUCCGGAGCUCCAAGUUCCGCGUGACCGCCGUGGACAGCGGGAAGAGGGCCCUGGAGCUUCUUGGCUCCGAGGCCAAUGUGAGCAUGAUAAUCACCGACUACUGGAUGCCGGAGAUGACGGGCUACGAGCUCCUCAAGAAGGUCAAGGGGUCGUCCAAGCUGAGGGAGAUCCCCGUGGUGAUCAUGUCCUCGGAGAACGUGCCUACAAGGAUCAACAGGUGCCUGGAGGAGGGAGCCGAGGAUUUCCUGCUGAAGCCCGUCCAGCCGUCCGACGUGUCGCGCCUCUGCAGCCGCGUCCUCCGCUGAGCGCCGCCUGGUCCGGUUGCACCGUCGGACGCCCCUGAACCGCACUACAUGGCGUGCGGAUUCAGCGUUUUGGCCUUCUGGAACAUGGACGCAUGCGUGGCAGUAGAGGAGUAGUAUGAUGGCCGUCAGUGUGCAUGCAUGCAUGCAGCCUGUAUUUUGCUUCUGCUAAGUAGGAUGUGCCCUGUUUCCCCCUGUUAUGUAGCAGUCGACGUAUAUCCCUCUCAGUGUUCUGUGUUUCAGUCUCGUGGAUCAGUGUUCAGUAAAAAAGGAAGUUUGCUUCAAGCUAUUGUUUGUAAUGGUACAUGUUGAAGUUCACUUGUUCUUGCUGAAAUUUUUU